CCCAGCCGCCGCCUCCGCAGCGGAGUGUGUGUGUGUCCCCGCCCCGGUACUAAUAGUUUGUGGGAGAGUCUCUUUCCUCCCUGGCUGUCACCAAUCACAUUUAAAAAAAAAAGGUGUGCUAAGGAAUCGGAACCAUGACGGACUCCAAGUAUUUUACAACCAAUAAAAAAGGAGAGAUCUUUGAACUGAAGGCCGAACUCAACAAUGAGAAGAAAGAGAAGAGGAAAGAAGCGGUGAAGAAGGUUAUUGCUGCCAUGACUGUGGGGAAGGAUGUCAGCUCGCUCUUUCCAGAUGUGGUGAACUGCAUGCAGACCGACAACCUGGAGCUGAAGAAGCUGGUGUACCUGUACCUAAUGAACUAUGCCAAGAGUCAGCCGGAUAUGGCCAUUAUGGCUGUCAACAGCUUUGUGAAGGACUGUGAGGAUCCAAAUCCGCUGAUCCGUGCCUUGGCAGUUCGUACUAUGGGAUGCAUCCGUGUGGAUAAGAUCACUGAGUAUUUGUGCGAGCCACUCCGGAAGUGUCUGAAGGAUGAAGACCCUUAUGUGCGGAAAACGGCAGCCGUCUGUGUGGCGAAGCUGCAUGACAUCAAUGCCCAAAUGGUGGAGGAUCAGGGAUUCCUGGAUUCCCUACGUGACCUGAUUGCAGACUCCAAUCCAAUGGUGGUGGCUAACGCGGUGGCAGCCUUGUCAGAGAUCAGCGAGUCGCAUCCCAACAGUAACUUGCUGGAUCUAAACCCGCAGAACAUUAACAAGCUGCUGACAGCCCUGAACGAAUGCACCGAAUGGGGCCAGAUCUUCAUUCUGGACUGUCUGUCUAACUACAACCCCAAGGAUGACCGUGAGGCUCAGAGCAUCUGUGAGCGGGUGACUCCCCGGCUGUCUCAUGCCAACUCGGCCGUGGUGCUUUCUGCCGUGAAAGUCUUGAUGAAGUUCCUGGAGCUCCUACCCAAGGAGUCCGACUAUUACAACAUGCUGCUGAAGAAACUGGCCCCUCCGCUGGUCACGCUGCUGUCUGGAGAGCCUGAAGUUCAGUAUGUUGCCCUGAGAAACAUCAACUUAAUUGUGCAGAAAAGGCCUGAAAUCUUGAAGCAAGAAAUCAAGGUAUUCUUCGUGAAGUACAACGACCCCAUCUAUGUCAAACUGGAGAAGCUGGACAUCAUGAUCCGUCUGGCAUCCCAGGCAAACAUUGCGCAGGUCCUGGCAGAACUCAAGGAGUACGCUACCGAGGUGGAUGUCGACUUCGUCCGCAAGGCUGUGCGAGCUAUUGGACGAUGUGCUAUCAAGGUCGAGCAAUCCGCAGAGCGCUGCGUGAGCACCCUGCUGGACCUCAUCCAAACCAAGGUCAACUACGUUGUCCAAGAGGCCAUUGUUGUCAUCAGGGACAUCUUCCGCAAGUAUCCCAACAAGUAUGAGAGCAUCAUUGCCACAUUAUGCGAGAACCUCGACUCCCUGGAUGAGCCAGAUGCCAGAGCCGCCAUGAUCUGGAUAGUGGGUGAAUAUGCAGAGAGAAUUGACAAUGCGGAUGAGCUGCUGGAGAGCUUUUUGGAGGGCUUCCAUGAUGAAAGCACCCAGGUGCAACUCACCCUGCUGACUGCUAUAGUGAAGUUGUUCUUAAAGAAGCCCUCAGAAACGCAGGAGCUGGUUCAGCAGGUCCUGAGCCUGGCCACGCAGGAUUCGGACAACCCAGACCUGCGGGAUCGUGGCUAUAUCUACUGGCGCCUUCUCUCCACGGAUCCCGUGACUGCCAAAGAAGUGGUCUUAUCGGAAAAACCUCUGAUUUCUGAGGAAACUGACCUGAUCGAGCCAACUCUGCUGGAUGAGCUGAUCUGCCACAUCGGGUCACUGGCUUCCGUGUACCACAAACCCCCCAACGCUUUUGUCGAGGGCAGCCAUGGGAUCCACCGCAAGCACUUGCCAAUUCACCAUGGAAGCACUGAUGCAGGAGACAGCCCGGUGGGAACUACUACCACUACAAACUUGGAGCAGCCUCAGGUUAUUCCAUCGCAGGGUGACCUUCUGGGUGACCUUCUGAACCUUGACCUGGGCCCCCCAGUGAAUGUACCCCAAGUAUCUUCCAUGCAGAUGGGUGCUGUGGAUCUCCUAGGAGGCGGGCUGGACAGCUUGAUGGGAGAGGACACUCAAUGGCUUGGCAGUGACCUUGGCGGGGGCAUUGGAGGAAGUCCGGCAGUGGGUCAGACCUUCAUCCCAUCCUCUGUGCCUGCGACUUUUGCCCCUUCACCCACCCCCGCUGUGGUUAGCAGUGGACUCAACGACCUGUUCGACCUCUCUACUGGUAUCGGCAUGGUGCCCGGGGGAUACGUGGCUCCGAAAUCUGUUUGGCUGCCGGCAGUGAAGGCUAAAGGCCUGGAGAUCUCUGGGACAUUCACUCACAGGCAGGGACACAUCUACAUGGAGAUGAACUUCACCAAUAAGGCUUUGCAGCACAUGACUGACUUUGCAAUUCAGUUUAAUAAGAACAGCUUCGGCGUCAUCCCCAGCACUCCUCUGGCCAUUCAUACUCCGCUGAUGCCAAACCAAAGUAUUGACAUCUCCCUUCCCCUCAACACCUUGGGACCUGUCAUGAAAAUGGAGCCUCUCAACAACCUCCAGGUGGCUGUGAAAAACAGCAUCGAUGUCUUCUACUUCAGCUGCCUUAUUCCUCUCAAUGUACUUUUUGUGGAGGAUGGCAAAAUGGAACGCCAAGUCUUCCUUGCCACGUGGAAGGAUAUUCCAAAUGAAAAUGAGCUCCAGUUCCAGAUUAAAGAGUGUCACUUGAAUGCUGACACUGUUUCCAGUAAGCUGCAGAACAACAAUGUUUACACCAUUGCCAAGAGGAAUGUGGAAGGCCAGGACAUGCUCUACCAGUCUCUGAAGCUGACCAACGGCAUCUGGAUCUUGGCUGAGCUACGUAUCCAGCCUGGGAACCCGAAUUACACACUGUCCCUGAAGUGCCGGGCUCCUGAAGUGUCUCAGUACAUCUACCAGGUCUACGACAGCAUUUUGAAAAACUAACAGCAUGGGUCCAUGUCUCACUCCGCAGAGGGAGGAAGGGAGACUCCGGAUAGUCCCGUUAUCGGUGCAGGCAAAGAACUCUAACUGGAAGCAGCUGUAUUCAUGUGUAGGAUUUCAGACAGAUGCACCAAAAAACCAAGGUAGCGAUUAGUAUCCACAUGCUAAUAAUAAUAUAGGGAACAACUGUUUGAUAUUUUUAGCGUCCAUGGAAACUUUGUAACCACUGCUUCAACCACUCCCAUGUCCCCCCAGUGCCACUGUUCUGUUGUUCUUUCUUGUGGGCUUUUCCAUCUCGUGCCAAUGUUUAGCGUUUUCUAAACCGCGUUAGGCGUAGUUGAUAUUUUGUAAUAUAUGGCUCGUUUAAAACCCGAAAAAGACAAGUCUCUUGUUCAUUAAAACAAGGCAAAGGCAUCAUGGAAACACAAACUGCACUUUAUUAUUUUAUAUUUUUUAUAUGUUUGGGGGCUUUUUUUUGUAUUGUAACCAGAUGAAAAAAAGGGGAAAAAAACCAGUUCUGGAGUAGUGAAAACAUCCAAGGGAAUGCAGGUGAGCUAGGACUAGCAUAGACUUGAGGAGCCAGUGAUAUGUGGAGAGAACCAGAUCGGACCCAAGAUGCAUCUGCUUGGGUUGGAUGGGGUUUUGGGUCGUACUUGUGCUGUGGGCCUCGAUGCGCAUCCCAAAAAUCCGUGCCUCAGCUAUCUUGCCUGGUUGAUGUCCUGGGGUUUGGAAGUGGGUCUUCAUUGCAUGGGGAAGCAGGAGCUUGGCAGGGUCUGGUUUGAUAAUGGGGCAGCAGAUGGCAAAACGAGGAAGGAAACAGCAGGUCUGACUCCUGGGAUACAAGGCUCUUGGCAGAGCAUGGGGUGCAGGCAUUACCUUUUUUAUCUCUUUCCUGCUCAUUCCGUGUCUUCCUGCAGCAGCUUGUCUGCCUUCCUCCCGCUGGAUCAGCUUCAGCUAGCUGAGUUGGGUUCUGCCUGGCUCUGACUGCUGUCCAGGCUGAAGGGCCUGUGCGGUAAAUCUGAAUCUGCCUACAGUUCUCUGGGAGCAUCCUCGAGCACUUGCCUGCUGAGGUGUGAGUGCAAAAGCUGGAGGACACUGCAGCAUCUGGUUAUGCGCUUUGGGUUAAAUUCGCUGGAGGAGUCCAAGCCCCUCCUCGACCCCCUUACACCUGCGGUCACUGGCACUGCUGGGCAAGUUGCCCCUGGCUUUGGAAAGCCUUUUCGUCCGGAGUCCUGGAAAGCUUGCCAUCAAAAGUUGCUGAGGAGGAAGCACCUUUUAUACAGGGGUGCAAAAGAGAGUUGCAGAGAAGUUAACUAGGAGUCGCAGCUCACCUCCCCCCCACUUGUGACACCCAAAAUAUUUAGUGAUGGGGGAGAGUCUUGAGUGCAAUCUCCUGCCCCGUAAACCCUCAGCUCCAGAUGACCCUGUGGCUGCAGGGGCCAGUGGUUGCUGUACAUGAGGUGAUCUCACAGGCUCGUUCCCUCCAUCUCCAGUCACCAGAGCUGGACUUUCUGUGCGAAAGGCAAUAGACAGAGGGUCAUUUGGGUUCCUAGUGUCUGAAACUCACUGGCUUGGGGACACAGGCUCCCUUACUCCUCUCUGCUGCAGCUCCUGCUCAAGCAGCAGGCUCCCAGGGUGGAGGGCGGCUGUUUGGGCUUCCUGACAGCCAGGGAGUUUCUCUGUCACAGGCAUGGUACUGGAACAGACACCAUGAACGGUGAAACAAAAGCAGGGAUAGCAGCUGGCUUGGCUCUAUCCCUCAGUCCAUCUACAUAGCUGGAUGUGUCAACCCAGCCCCAGAACAGCUUCUGCAGUCCCCACUGCUCUCAGCUGAUGCUUGGCACAGCACUUCCCCCAGGAGUGAAGCGACCCCCUUAAUGGGACCACAUACAACCCUCCGCCUGUGCUCUUGAACCCCAAGACGGGGCGGGGAUCACCUGUGUGAUGCAUGUGAAUCUGGGGAUAGAGAACUGGACUGUAAUGGUGGACCUGGAGAAUAAGGGGAAAGGGAAGGGGCUAGCGAGGGUAGGCCAGGUCGCGGGCAGGAUGAAAUGUGGUUCCGUGGCAGGGAGACUCGGCUUGAAGCCAGUUCUCACCCAGGGAAGCGAGUGAAGAUUAGGAGCAACUGCAUCCUUUGCUGUAUGAGCUGGGCUGCGUCCUCGGUGCAGAGAUUGUUCGGCAGCAUGAAUCCUGGCUGGGCAGAAGGCGGGACAGAGUUAUAGAAACCGGGCACGUGAGCAUGCACCAGCUUGGCUGUUUGGUUAGUUGUCUAAAGCCCUGAGGAUAGCUGGGCUGCGAGCAGUAAUUGAUAAAGUGCCAGGUGCGCGGAGGCGGGUGCCUCUCUUUAGCCGCCCCUCGAAGCCAAGCUAGGAAGCAGCACCUGGCCUCUCGUAAGUUUCCACCUUGGAGUUCAGCUGUGUGCAUGGGAGGGGAUGGGCAGAGCAAGCCCGAGUCCUGCCGAGAUGUGAGGGGUCAGCAAGGGAAAUCCCUGUUCUCUCUGCCAAGGGACAGCAGAUUCUGCCCAGCGCCCCAUAUUCCCCUGGCUGUGGUGCUGGCUAAUAGAGAUUGCUGCUCAGUGAGCCUGCACCAGAUUAGGUCACUGACCUGGGAGAAGUGGUGGAGGAUCCCUGGGAAUAGUGGCACGAGUCUUGCUCAGUUAAACCCUCUGUAAAGCCUGAACACGGGAAAGCAUUAAACAAAACCCUGAGCAAAUCCCUUGCCUGCCCGGAACUCCUUUCCCCCGCGGUGUCUGUGCGUCUCUUCUGGGCCUGUGCUGUGUGUGUGUGUCUGCAUGCCGUGAAGCGUGGGCUGUGGGAAGGGGAGCCGGAGGGCAGGCAAGGAGCAUUGCUCAAUGUUGAUGCCAUUCCAUUGUAUCGCAUAUCCACUCUGAUGUGUUCACUUUUUGGUAACGCUUUAUCUUCUGUCCUUGUCAAUAAACUUGUCAUUUACACGAA